AUGGAAAAAUGCUUAUCCCUGGAUUUAAGUGUUAAAGGUUUUGGGGCAUUUGAGUUCUAUUUUCAACCAGAAUUUACAACGAUUCGAUCACAUGUACAAAAAGUAACUCGUAGCUUAUAUAAUGAGGACAAUAAAGAAACGUUUAGGAAUACAUGCCUAGAAUUGGCUAGUUAUCUAAUUAAGAAUAAGACUCCAUCCAGAUACUAUAUGAAACAAAAAGAGAGGUGGGAAGGGGCAUUAAAGGAUUGGGUAAAAUCUUUCUAUAAGCCGCUAUAUAACGAAUUUGGCGGAUGCUUUCCGAUUUUAGAAGAAAAGGAUAAAAAUCUUUUAGAAUUAAACUAUGAAGCAUUAAAUUUCUGCGAUGAAAUGAAAAAAAAAAAGGCAGGAAUACAAUGUCUUACAGGAGAACAUGCAAUUUCAGAUAGUUGUGAUGAGACAUGUUCAAAUAAAAUUUAUGAAUAUAAUGCAUGGAUUCAAAAUGAAAAGAUGAAGUUUAAUAAAAAGAAAACGCUCAUUGAAAGUAAUUGCAAAAAGAUAUUACCCAAAUUUCCAACAAAUAAAUGCAAUAUACAUAAUCCUAAAACAUUUAAUGAACUUCCUAUAUGCACUGUUAAGCAUGCACUUACAACUUCUCAACAGGAUUCCCCAGAAAAAAAAACAAGUAUCUCAGAAGGUGGUCAAACAAUAGAUAGCAUUCCAUCUGAACUUCAAGUUACAAAGGAACAAGGUUCGAACAUUCCACAUGGGAAACAAGAACAACUUGUUCAACAGGAUCUUCAACCUCAAACUGAGACACUAUCGUCAACAGAAGCUUCAGGUACUCAAGGUGACACCAAGAAAAUUCAGGAUUCUCAAACUAAAAACGAACAAACAUCAGGAGCUUCCGAGCACGAAGAAAAAAAAUCAUCAUAUGAUUCUACAUUUCCUUCAAAACCAGAAGCAUCGGUAGAUCCCCUUAGGAUCGAAACAACUGCAUCUAUUCCUGCAUCUAUUCCUGCCCCACUUUCACCUACUCCUUCUUUACCCCAUAUAUCUUCAGGUCAAGUACUAAAAAAAUCUAACAAUUAUAUAUCAUCUAUUUUAAUAAGUAUACUUACUAUUAUUAUAUUUUCUUUUUUUAUUAAAUACGUAUUAAUAGGGAUGUUUAAAAAAAAAAAAAAGAUAAAAAGAAAACAAAUGAAAUUCCUUAGAAUAAAAGUACCUUCACGAUUUGAUAGAAAAAGUAAGUUUUUCACAGAUGAUCAUCUAGAACACACAAUAUAUGAUGAUGAAGAAAUCAUAAAAAAAAUUAAAAUAAAUGAACGUAAAAAAAAAGUAAACUUGUCGAAGCAAAAAAAAGACAGAUCCAAAACCAUAAUAGAAGUACAUAUGGAAGUACUCGAAGAAUGCAGAAAUGCAGGAUGGGAAAAAAAUAAAGAAGAAUUCUUAAAAAUAUUCAUAGAUAAGUUCACAAAAAAUGAACAUAAUGCCUAUCCUAAUUUAACAAAUGAUGAUUUAAUAACAGAAAAUAUUAAAAGUGGCAAUGAUAUUACAAAACAAAAUAUUCUAUGGAAUAAAUGGAUAGAAAGACAUAGAUAUAUUUCUGAAAAAUUGAAAAAACAGUAUUGGUUUAAUAAUUUAAAAAAUGAAUGGAAAAAAGAACUAGCCUGCAUGCAAGAAAUAGAAGAAAUAAAAAAGAAAUCUUCUAAUGAAAAAUACGAAAUCUCAGUUAUAGAAAGGGAAAAAGAUCCAUGGAAACAGUGGAUAUCAAAAAAGGGUAUUCUUAUAGAACAAUAUUUGGAACAGGACUUUUUUCAACGAUUCGAAGAGGAUUUUCACAAUAUAUCAGAUGAAUAUGUUAAUGAAGAUACUAAAAAUUAUGUAACUCUAAUAAAUAUAGAAGAACUCCAAAAAAAAGAAAAUUAUGAAGAAUUAUAUAAAUAUAUAAAAAAAAAAUUAUUAGCAAAGCUGUGUAUUUUCGUGCUUUUGACUAUAUUAGAAGAAUGUAAAAAAGAAGUGAACUUUGAAAAUAGAGAAUCAUAUUUGGAUAGUUGCAUUAAUGAAUGGAAGAUAGAAGAAAACGCAGAUAAAAAACCAGAAAUUACAGAAAACCUAAUUAAAGUUAGCGACGAUUUCCCAGAAAAUAGAUUAAGUAAUAAAAUUCACCAUUAUACGGAGGAGGACGACUUUAAAAGGCGUAUGGAAGAAUGGAUAAGAGAAGACGAUACAUACGUAAAUUCUAUAGGUAAAGAUGCAAUAAUAGAUAAAUACAAUGAAAUAGCAGAAAAAUAUUUUUUAUAA